UUCUCCUAUCGCUCCUCCUCCCUUUCUUUCUCAUCCUCUGUUUUCCUCCUUCAAACCUCUACACAUUGGUUUUUCCUCAGAUCUUCAUCAAAAGUCUCUCCCUUUCUCAACCUCCCAGCUCUUAACCCCUUCAGGGUAUUUAAAAGUCUCCACCUUUCCUUCCUCAAAUGCCUCCUCCUACUUCAAAACUCCACGCUCUGUUCUCCCCCAAACCUCAACUACGCUAUAACAGAACCAAAUCAAAACUCGCCACCUCCCUUGCACGUGCCAUCAACUCUUCAGACAAAAUCGAAUCUUCUUCACUACCACAACCUCUCUCAACAACCACAGUCCUCCAAACCCUCCGCUUAAUAAAACCCCCUUCCCACGCUCUCCUCUUCUUCGACCACCUCACAACCUCCUCCUCCUUCUCCCACACCCCACACACUUACUUCCUCAUGCUCCACCUCCUCUCCCAAUCCCGCAACCUCAACGCCGCCCGCAACUUCCUCUUCUCCAUCGAGAAACGCUCCAACAACUCCGUCAAGCUCCACCCUCGCUUCUUCAACACGUUAAUCAGAAGCUACGCCGACGCUGGCCUCCUCCACGAGUCCCUCUCCCUCUUCUCCACCAUGAAAGAAAUGGGCGUCACACCUUCCACAAUCACCUUCAACACUCUCCUCUCUAUCUUACUCAAACGCGGGAAGACCGGUAUGGCUCUUGAUCUCUUCCACGAGAUGCGUGCCACGUACGGUGUUAAACCUGAUUGUUACACUUACAACGUUUUGAUCAAUGGUUUUUGUAAGAACUCUAUGGUGAGUGAGGCCUUUAGGGUGUUUAGGGAUAUGGAGUGUAGGCCUGAUCUUGUUAGUUAUAAUACUAUUAUUGAUGGGUUGUGUAGAGCUGGGAAGGUUGAGACUGCGCGUAAUGUGUUGAAAGGGAUGGUUUUGAAAGAUGUUUUUCCAAACGUUGUUAGUUACACUACUCUUGUGAGAGGGUAUUGUAUGAAGCGUGAGGUUGAUGAAGCCUUGGUUGUGUUUCGUGAGAUGGUUGUUACUAGAGGGUUGAAACCGAACGGUGUUACUUUUAAUACUUUGAUUAAGGGGCUCUCUGAGGCUCAGAGGUUUGGUGAGAUCAGGGAGAUUCUUGGAGAUGAGGGUAUUACGUUUGCUCCGGAUGGUUGUACUUUUAAUGUUUUGAUUAAAGCUCAUUGCGAUGCUGGAGAUGUUGAUGCGGCGGUUAAGGUGUUUAGAGAAACGGUGCGUCCUGAUUCAGCUUCGUAUAGUGUUUUGAUUCGUGCUUUGUGUCUGAGGCAGGAGUUUGAUAAGGCGGAGAGAUUGUUUAAUGAGUUGUAUGAGAAGGAAGUGUUGUUAAGGAAGGAUGGAUCUAAGCCUCUUGCUGCAGCUUAUAACCCAAUGUUUGAGUAUCUAUGUGCCAACGGGAAAACGAGACAAGCUGAGAGAGUUUUCAGGCAGUUGAUGAAAAUAGGAGCGCAAGAUCCACCUUCUUACAGGACUUUGAUCAUGGGACACUGCAGAGAAGGGAGUUUCAAAGGUGGGUAUGAGUUGUUGGUUCUGAUGCUGAGGAGGGAGUUUGUGCCUGAUCUUGAAACCUAUGAGUUGCUGAUUGAUGGGUUGUUGAAGAAAGAUGAAGCUCUUCUUGCUCAUGAUGUCUUGCAAAAAAUGCUUAGAAGCUCUUAUCUUCCCGUUGCAGCCACUUUCCAUUGUGUACUUGGCGAGCUUGUUAAAAGAGGGUUUGCUAACGAGUGUUUUGAGUUGGUAAGGAUAAUGUUGGAGAAACGAAUAAGACAGAACAUUGAUCUUUCAACGGAUGUUGUCAGAUUGCUUUUUAGUUGUGGUCAGAAGGACAAGGCGUUUGUUGUUGUUAGGUUGGUUUAUGAGAAGGGUUAUUUAGUUAAGAUGGAGGAGUUGGUUGAUUUCUUAUGCGAGAAGAGAAAACUAGUUGAUUCAGCUUACAGUCUUGUCAUGUUUUGUCUGGAGAAUAAUCAAAUGAUAGAUAUAAGCAGAUGCAAUAGAGUCAUAGAAGGACUGUGUCAGCAUAAGAGACACUCUGAAGCAUUUAGUUUGUUUAAUGAAUUGGUGGAAAUAGGAAAGCACCAAGAGCUUAGCUGCCAUGUAGUUUUGAGAAACGCCUUAGAGACUGCUGGAAAGUUGGAAGAAGUUGGGUUUGUGUCAAAGAGGAUGAUGGCUGUGUCAGAUGAUUGCUAUGGACUAAAACAAGGGAUAUCAUCUUAAAUCUGGAUGGAUAUUGGCAGAGGCCCGUGUGUGUUCCGUUCAUGAGCCUCUUUGUUUCAUGCCAGGUCAUCUCCUGAAUCAAUGAAAGGGAAUAUAGUGCCUGACCAGGUCGUGUCUAAGUAUUCUUCAACAGUAACAGAAAUGAUUCAAGGGAAAGACAUGGAUCUAACACUCCAACUACUGAGAAGCAGCUACAUCUUCAGCUUCUCAUCGUUUUCAGUGUAAAGCAGAACCCUGUGCUGUGAUGAUGUAUUAUUUCAUAUUUUAUUCAAAGAUGUAUGCUUCUGUUUAUCAAAAGAUUCAGGCUUAUAAUACAAGUAAUCAAGCAUUAACAGAGUAUAUGUAUAUGGAUCUUGUUG